AUGCGCUGCCACAUCUUGACAGUGCUGGCCACUUUGGCCGCCACCGUCGUCGCCGACGUCAAGUUCUCGUCGCCUGUCGCCGGUCAACAGAUUGCGGGUGGUACGGCUUUCACCAUCACCUGGACCGACGAUGGAACCACUCCCACCAUCGACCAAUUCGCUGGCUAUACGCUAAAUCUGAUGGCUGGUGGAAACACGGCUGUAGAGAGAAUCCCNGCCGGUGCCGCUACUCAACCUACAGCUGCCGACAUGAAGAGAUACCUCAACCGCUGGAAGGACUAG